UGUAUUUCAGACUAAACAAUGUGCGCACGAACAACAGUCGUCUGCCCUAGUCGUCUGCAGCUAAAAAAUGAUAUUACCGGCUUCCAUAGUCGUUAACAUUAAGUUUUUAGCAUGUGAUUUUUUAUUUAAUUCGUUAAUCUGAAAUAAACUUGACCCAUUAAAAAUGGUGUGGAAGCCAUCGAAGUUAGUUCUAUGGUGCACUGUUCCACCGGCAAUUAUUGGUUUUGCUAGCCUAAUAAAAGAGUACUCAGGUGGCAAGAAAUAUGAAGGAAAAGACAAAUUAACGAACAAAGUCGUUAUCGUAACAGGUGCCAACACAGGCAUCGGAAGAGAAACUGCAUUGAAUCUAGCCCAACGUGAUGCCAAAGUGAUAAUGGCAUGCCGGGAUAUGCAAAAAUGUGAAUCGACACGACAAACUAUAGUUUUAACAACGAAAAAUAAAUAUGUAUACUGCAGGAAGUGUGAUCUCGCUUCUUUUGCUAGUAUUCGCGAAUUUGUUGACCAGUUUAAAAAAGAACAAAAAGAAUUACACAUCCUUAUAAAUAACGGAGGUGUAAUGAACUGCCCAAAAAGUACAACGGUAGAUGGUAUCGAAACACAACUCGGAGUUAAUCACAUGGGACAUUUUCUCUUGACGAAUCUUUUAUUGGAUAGGCUGAAGGAAUCAGCCCCAUCUCGUAUUAUUAAUGUUUCAAGUGUGGCACACAAAAAAGGAGAAAUUAAUAUUGCUGAUUUAAAUAGCGAAAAGGAUUAUGACCCGGUAGUAGCUUACAGACAAAGCAAACUGGCUAAUAUUCUGUUCACUAAAAAACUGGCAAAAAAACUUGAAGGUACAGGGGUAACGGUGAAUGCAGUCCAUCCAGGACUUGUUGAUACAGAGAUAUUACGCCACAUGGGAUUUUAUAAUAGUACGUUUAGUACUAUUUUUAUUUAUCCCUUAGUUUGGCCAUUCCUCAAAAGACCGACACAUGGCGCUCAGACCACAAUAUAUGCGGCGUUAGAUCCGAGUCUAAAAGAUGUUAGCGGUAAAUAUUUUAGCAACUGCGAAGAGGCAGAGACUGCCCCACUUGCUGAAGAUGACAAGCUGGCUGAUUGGUUGUGGCUUACCAGUGAGAAGUGGACUAGAUUGAAGAACAGAUAGCAUACAACUAAUACAUACUGUACUUUUAUUGUACAUAACGAACAGCGUAAUAACAUCCCAAAUCUAGUAAAUAUAUGUAUCGGUUGAUCGAAA